CCAAUCAUUAAGUCUCUGUUAAUAAUUUUGUUAAAUGACGAUGAGCUGGCGAAUAUUGUGCUGACUUGAAUCUUAGUUGGCCAACUAAAGUGUAGGAAAGAUGGCAGUGAUUGACUGGUGGUGAUGAUUAUCCGCAUCUACACAAGUUUGGUUAUUAUUAUUUCUUUUAUUUUUUUUAUUUAAAUGAUAAGUAAAAAUAUACUAAUGUGGAUGCUGAGGUGGAUUGUUGGUUAACGGUGUUAUUAACGGUUACAUAUGAGUGGCUAAAAUUUUAGACAGGUAUAAAAGGUUUAGCUAUUAUUUUGUAUUACCAAAGUUUGGCUAUUAUUUUGAAAUUAUUUGAUUUUCCUAUUAAGAUUGAUUAAGGAUUAAAUACAGCUGAACAAUAAUAGAUGAUAAAUGCUUUGUUUUUAGCCGGAUUGGUUCAACUAUUAGUGAUAAGUUUGUUAUGGGCAACAGGUCGGCAGUUCAAAUCCAUAAGGAGCAUUUUUUGUAAAGGGUUUGGAAGGAUAUUUUAGUCAAUAAAGAGAGGGUUAGUAUAUAAAGGAAGAGGGAGAGUGCUAGAAAACCCUAGCCGCCCAAACUCAUUCUAUUCCUUCUAUCUUUUUCCUCUCUCUCGUAUUCUCUAUUUCUCUCCCAAAUCGACAGCCCGACUAUGUUCCUCUCAGCGGCAGUAGAAGAAAGAUACGGUGGGAGAAAUAAUGAAAGGGGUCGCCGGUGCUUAUGUUACCCAAAAUAAUGAGGUGGUGGAAUUGACUUCAAAAUAGUACACAAGGAACUUGAGUCUUUUCCUUUUUUAUUUUCCAUAAAUUUACUUAAAAAUACAUUUUAAAUUUGGAGGUCUCCAACAUUAUUUUAGUGAAGCUACCCACGUUGGGGUCAACUUGCUAAAACAGUUGAGAACUAAUAGAAGUUAUUUUUAUCUUUUGUGGACAGUGGAUUUUUAUAUAUACAAAUACAUAUAUGGUGAUUAUUGAAGUAUUCUUUGAAUAAAACAUAGUCCAAAUGAUUUGAUGAUUGAAUGUACAAUUUGUUGUAAUUCAGCAAAUUAUAAUCGUUGAUUAUUAUUUUUUAUUGUAUUGAUAUUUUUAUUUAGAUUUAGAGAAUUAGGCAAGAGGCCGAGGUAUCGACCAAAGAUUAAUGUAUAAUAUUAUACGUCAAUUUUUUUUAAUUCAUGCAUACAGAUAAAAGAUAUCUUAAUUACUAAUCGUUUACAGAAUAUGGUAUACAUGCAUUCACGAUCAUCUAUUGCGGUUUUCUUGUCGAACAACGGAUAAGAUAAAGUUUUUGGGAAACUUAGUUAGAAACUUCUCUUUAGCCGAUUAAUUAAUUAAUAAUUAGCUGGAAUUGAAGCAAUAAUUAAGGAUGUAUAGUUGGGAUGGAAAAAGAAAGUGGAAGGAAGGUGGAAGUGAAGCAAGCACUAUAUAUACCCCUGGUAUGAAACACGAAAUGUUCAUCCCAGAGCUGAUCCAAUACAUCAACUUAAUUAAUUAACUUCCCUCUACCCUUACAUCGAUCUGUUGCUUUUUGCCUGGAAAUUGAAGGAAGAAAAAAAUGCCUAUAGUUACCGAGACUGUGACAUUUAGGAUGUUCUCCUCCGCCAGCGACGUUUGGAGCGCCGUCACCGCGGCCCAAGCUGUUUUCCCGAUGGCUAUGCCAAACCUCUACGCCGACAUCAAGCGCAACAGGCGCGACGGCUUCACCGAAGGCUCGAUCCGCGACAUCACUUUCGGUCCUGCUUACAGCAGGGUAGUGGGAUCGGCGAGGGAAGAGAUCGUUGAAGUUGACCAUUCCAACAUGACGGUGAAGACGACGAUGGAUGAUGACGGCGCAUUCGUGCCGCGGCUCUUCGACAGCGUUGACAUCACCACGGCCGUGGUGCCUUCGUCCCGCACCAACCUUAGGGCCAUAGGCUGCACACUUACUUGGUCCUUCACCUACGACAGCGCUAAGGGCAACGCCGACAUUAACAACCUCAAGAAUGUGAUGCAGACUGCAUUUCAGGAUUUGGACGACUACCUCAGGAGGGGACGUGGCAAUCGCCGAUGAACAAGACUGCCUUUCAUUGUCGACCAGGCCAUCGAUGGAUAAUGUUGUUGCCUUGCUCUCCCAUCGUUCCCCUCCUACUAUAAUAAGACGGUCUACUCCAUUGAUCCUCUUGUGUUGUAGACCGUCUUUUGUUUCGUAUUGUGUUGGGUUUUUUUUAUCUUAUUGUAUCCAUGUUGUUUAAUUUCUCUAUAUAUGUCUUUCAGUUCGUUCGAUUCCCUGUGUUUCUUUCCUGAGUUUUAAUUGUCUGUGCUUGAAAUAAAGUUUUCCCGUGUUGUGUCGUGUCGUGCAAGCUCCUGCCAAUCCCUCCUAAUUGUUCCGUAUGUUGUCAAAACCGGAUCGAAUUUCAUUACGUUCGGAUUGUGUAGACCGCGGGUCUUUUGUUUCCCAUUGUGUUGCUCUAGAUUUGAUUGAUUGAUUGUUGUUUCCCUAUGUGUUUCAUUUUGGUUCAUUCCAUGUAUUUCUUUCUUGAGUACUAUUGUCUAUGCCUGAAAUAAAGUUUUACGUGUUGUGUGGUGUAAGUUCUAAGAUCGUUUGAAGUUUCGUCCUAGUUUGGCAUUGUCAAACUUGGGUUGAGAAAUGUCGUCCUUAUAUGGUCUGUAAAUUUCGACGUUGAUUCUACGGUCCCAAAUAAGCUCGUCGAGCUUUGUUGAUAAAUUUCAUGCUACUGUCAUUAAUUCAUAUCGCAUUUCGUCAUAAUAGGAAUGAUUGGUCUUUAUUUCUUUGAUCCACUUCAAGUGGUCAUACAUGGUUGUUUCAGUAAAUGUAUAUUAGCCGAGGCUGUGAUUUUCGUGAGUGCAAUCUGGCUUGGGACUUGUCCAGAUCCUUGUUUGGCCUCUAAAUGUUGAAUGUUGUGGAUUUUCAGCUUCUGGCUUUCUCUCUAAAAUGAUGAGUACCUUGGAUGAUGCGAUUUUGGUUAUAACGACUUUCUUAUCAUUGAAUUUCUUACUCGAAUGUCCUCAUUGUUGUAUCUUGAGGUUGAUCGACCAAGAUCUUGGCUUGGUACAGAUAGUUGGUACUUCAAAUGCUAAACCGGGGGCAUCCAGAUUGUAAGUCCCACAUCAUUUUGUUUGUUUUUCUUUUGUCUUUUCUUUUUUGUUUAUUUUUUUUUUUUUUUUUUUUUUUUUUUGCUUUUUGCUUUUUUUUUUUUUUUGCGUGGGACUUACUUGACUUUGUCAUGCAAGGGACUUACUUGACUUUGCCUAGAGCUAACAUCUCAAGUUCUUGUAAUUGGUAAUCUUUAAUUUGACAAAUUUGAGAUUAAGAGACGACUAAUACUAGUGUGAAAUAGUGAUGUAAUGAUCUUUGUAUAAUUAAAUGACACUUUUGGUGGUUGAGGGUCACAUAGUAGUGAAUGAGAGAGUCUAGUUGAGAGGAUAAAAUACACACCAGCUUAUAUUUCGGUAUUGAUCGGUAUUUCGGUAUAUACCGAUCCCAAUCCCGUAAUCCCUAAUACCGAAUAACAAUUGAAAUUCAAUCCCAAUCCCAAGAAAUAAUGCGUGUAUUCGGUAAUACCAAAUAUAGACAAUUUCGGUACGGUAUUCGGUAUAUCCCAAAUACCGGUACCAAACUUUCAGUCCUACCCUUGACCGUUGAAUAUGCAAGUAACAUGUAUUAUUGUCAUUCUUGGUGGCUUUGCAGGAGUAGGCAUAAAAGACUUAUCUUUUUCUUUAUCACUUUAUCUCCAUUACAUGUAGCAUGCUAGAACUUUGUCAGAAGUAGUGUAUAGAGACACCCAUUUUAUCACUUUAAAAUUAAGAUAAAAGUAAGAAAUAAUAAAAGUGCACUUUUCAU